CUGCGCUGAGCUCUCGGGUUUUUCGGUUCUGCGGUUUUGCUUGUCGUGAUUUGUCUUCUCGUUUUGCGAUCGGGUUCGUCGUCUGUUUUUCCCGCAAUUGAACUUACCCGGGGGAACUCUCUGGUGUGUUGUGGUGAGUGAGAAAGAGAGAGGACGGAGGAACCUCAGAAAGGAAGUCGCGCGUUAUUGACGUGUGGUGCUCGGGGCACUACAGUUUUUUUUCUUCUACUCGUAUACUUUCUGUGGCUUCUUGCUGUUGCCAUACCUCUUCGUGCUCUUCUUAUUCCGUCGUGGUGUGUUGUGAUGUUUGACUCUUGCCUAACUAGUUUUGUGCAUGUUUAAAUCUCCAUCUGGUUCAACGAAAAAUUGAAUGGCCAUAGUGUAUACUGAUCGCGGAUGCUGUGAGUGGGGUGAAUGUAUUUGGCAAGUGUUUUCAAUUAGAAAACCUUUCAACCCCAAAAUAGAAAAAAAAAAACACAGCUACAAAUCAGUGAUCUACUCUCGAUUGGAGAAAUGAGAAGAAAUUUUCACGCAUAAUUUCACAUAUCCUCACACAUUAACAUGAAAGAAACGGCCUAGCUGAUGAUGGGAGAAAAGUGUAGCUAUUGAAAAGUGCCCGUGCGUAUUUUUUUUCUGCUUGAGAGUGUGUGAGUGAAGGUUUGAAGUGAUCUUGAGACACCAGUCCGUCAGUCAGCAGCAGCCAUAGAGGAUCUUUUUUUCUCUUGUUAUUUGGUACCCGGGAACGAACCAUCCAUCGUUCCAGCCGAAUUUCUGCAGGCGAAGUUGAUUUCUCAAAACAGAAAACAAACCUAGGUGGUGGCCGAUUCGUGCAUUUCAAUAAGUUCGUCCGGCAGACAUGGCUUACAGAAUCGGGAAAGAUAGAUAACAUCUACUGAUUCAAAAUGUCGCAUCAACCGCGACGAGGUGCUCCGGUCGAGUGCCCGCUGGCAUCCCUGGGAAGGAACACUCCAUCCAUGGAUGCCAUCCAGUACCAUCACCCGUUGAGUUCCAGUCCACUGGACCCGCAGGCAUACCAAAUGUCUCGAAAAACGCCAAUCCUAGGAAUCGAAUCGGACAUUUACACCGCUGAGACGAGUCUGGUGGAAAAUCGACCCUCCACAAACGGACGGAACAGUGUCAAAUCUCUGGAAAAUGGCAACCACACUUCUCGAAAUCCUCCCUCAUCGUUAGAUCAGAGUGCUUCCUUCCUUCGCACGAUACCACCCCCAACGGUUAGUAGAAGGGGCGAAUAUCGGCCGUUACGACCUAGAACCUACACCCCGAUAGAUACACUACUCACCAACACCUAUCAACAUCACCAACAACAAAGACUGACACCGGUUAUCAUGGACAUUCAACGGAACGCAGUCAACUAUCAACCCGAUGGACAACCACUGACUUCGCUGUCUGAAGCAGACAGAUACUUCCUCGAGGAAAAAAUGGACUCACUCUACAUUCAAGGUGCCAUCCGAAGAAAUGCCAACACGCCGUCCAGCCUAACCCGGAACCAAUCCAGCAGCAGUAACAACACCGAACGCUACUUCUUGGAGAACGAAAACAUCGAUGCAAUCUACAACUUUUGCCAUGCAGCGGCUGGAGUGACCACCAUAAACUCGCACAACUCCUCCAAGGCGUCAUCGAGUCACAACGACUGUCUGGAUUCCAGCUCGCCGAACCUGCUAAGGAGGGCUUCGAGCCCAGAAACCAGCGGCUCAGAUAGGUACCUGAUAGAUCGAAUACGCGGGUCCCCAGCAUAUCACGGGAGGAGUUCACGGCUAGCCCAGCAGCUGCGAAACCAGACUACAGAUUUCGUUGAUGGAAGAAUCCACAACAACAAGUCACAUCACUUCAGCGAGGGCGUGUCGCGGUAUGGCCGUUUUUCGCCUAGCCUGGAUCAGGGCUACCACACGCUGGUCUCGCCCUCGCCAUCCGGUCAGCAGCAAUCGACCAUUCCCGCUUCCUGGAAUACAGCAAUACCCAAAGCUAGCAGCAGUUCGCUAACCAAUGGCACCACCAGUUUGAACAGCAGCGGUCAACUGAAUAGCAACAGCCUAGCGUCGAUCAACGGGGAUCUGAUCAAUGGGAACGCCUCUUCGUUAUUCACCUCCGGUCCACUGUUCGAUCUACUGUCCAACGAGCUGAUGGUGAAAAUCUUUGAAUGGCUCGACAGUUGCGAAUUGUGCAAUAUCGCGCGUGUCUGCAAGCGUUUCGAGUCGGUUGUUUGGAGUCCAGUGCUUUGGAAAGUCAUCAAAAUCAAGGGAGAAAAUAACAGUGGUGAUAGAGCUAUCAAAACUAUCCUGCGACGAUUGUGUGGUCAAACGCGGAACGGCGCAUGUCCAGGGGUAGAGCGAAUGUUGCUUAGCGAUGGGUGCCGAUUGACGGAUAAAAGUUUGCAGCUACUAUCCAGGAGGUGUCCCGAGAUCACACAUUUGCAGAUUCAGAACAGUGUAACCAUCACAAAUCAGGCACUGUUCGAUUUGGUAACGAAGUGUACCAACCUGCAACAUCUCGACAUAACAGGCUGUGCACAAAUCACAUGCAUAAACAUCAAUCCAGGCUUGGAGACUCCGCGACGAUUAUUGCUUCAGUAUUUGGAUUUAACCGAUUGCGCUUCGAUUUCGGACUCCGGUUUGAAGAUAAUCGCCAGAAAUUGUCCACUGUUGGUGUACCUUUACUUGAGACGAUGUCUGCAAAUCACUGAUGCUGGUCUAAAAUUCAUUCCAAACUUCUGUAUAGCUUUGAGGGAACUGAGCGUAUCGGAUUGUACAAACGUGACGGACUUUGGACUGUACGAACUGGCCAAGCUCGGUGCAACGCUGCGCUAUCUGUCGGUGGCCAAAUGCGAUCAGGUUUCGGAUGCCGGUUUAAAGGUGAUAGCUAGGCGGUGCUACAAACUUCGCUAUCUAAAUGCUCGGGGUUGUGAAGCCGUCAGCGAUGAUUCGAUCAACGUGCUAGCGCGUUCCUGUCCUCGGCUUAGGGCCCUGGACAUUGGCAAGUGCGACGUCAGCGAUGCCGGCCUUCGAGCAUUGGCCGAAAGUUGCCCGAACCUCAAGAAGCUUAGUUUGCGGAAUUGUGAUAUGAUAACCGAUCGGGGAAUCCAGUGCAUCGCGUACUAUUGCCGGGGUCUACAGCAGCUGAAUAUUCAAGAUUGCCAAAUAUCCGUCGAAGGCUAUCGAGCAGUGAAAAAGUACUGCAAACGAUGUGUGAUAGAACAUACGAAUCCGGGAUUCUGCUAGCAUCGUUAAACGUUAAGCAUGGUUAAACCUCAGAAGACUCUCUAUUUGAAAAUUAGACAAACGUAAAAAAAAUCGUAGCAAAUUAUUCGUUAAUGGUCGCUCUUUAAAUUUCAGUUUUGCCAAAAAACAAAGUGAACAGAAAUUGUUAUUAACCUUUUUUUUAAAUUAGUGGAAUAUUUUAAUGUACUUAUUUUCAUUUCAUGUUUUGGUUGUAUACUAACUUAAAAAGGAAAAACAAUAUUGUAUUUUAAUUGCAUUUUUAACGAUGUAUAGUUUUUAUUUAUAAAAAGGAAAGAUAGA